AUGGAGGCGCACGUCGGAGGCGCACGUCGGAGGCGCGCGUCGCUCGGCCCCGGCCGCGAGCAUAGGCGGGCGGCGCUCGGCCCCCGGCCGCGAAUGGAGGCGCACGGCGGAGGCGCCCGGCCGCGAGCGGAGGCGCGCGGCGCUCGGCCCCCGGCCGCGAGCGGAGGCGUGCAGCGCUCGGCGCGCUCAGCGUCGAAGAUGGCGGCCUCGGUCUGGGUUCCAGGCAAUCCCGCGUCGGAGACGGCGGCCGCCUCGCCGGAAAACCCUCGGAAUCGCUCGGAAACUGACGCCUCUUCCUCGCGAGCACAAAAGAAAAGAGCAAGCAGCAACGCGCCGUCGCCGUCGACGCCUCCAUCCCGACGCAGGUUCGCCCCUCCUCUUCUCCCGCCAGUUGCGCUCGACGGCAAGCACAGGGUGAACGGCGGCGGCCCUUUGCCGCGAGCUCUGGACAUCGAAGGCGCUCGGCGGAGGCUCCUGGCCGCGAGCGGAGACGGGCGGCGCUCGUCUCCUGGCCGCGAAUGGAGGCGCACGGCGGAGGCGCUCGGCCGCGAGCGGAGGCGCGCGUCGCUCGGCCCUGGCCGUGAGCGGAGGCGGGCGGCGCUCGUCCCUCGGCCGCGAAUGGAGGCGCACGGCGGAGGCGCGCGUCGCUCGGCCCCGGCCGCGAGCGUAGGCGGGCGGCGCUCGUCCCCGGCCGCGAAUGGAGGCGCACGGCGGAGGCGCCCGGCCGCGAGCGGAGGCGCGCGGCGCUCGGCCCCUGGCCGCGAGCGGAGGCGUGCAGCGCUCGGCGCGCUCAGCGUCGAAGAUGGCGGCCUCGAUCUGGGUUCCAGGCAAUCCCGCGUCGGAGACGGCGGCCGCCUCGCCGGAAAGUGCCGGCCGGAGCUGGGAACAAUGGAGAUGAGGCCGAAAUCUGUGGUCUACCUCGUCUAUUUUUAUUAUGGGGAUGGGGAUGAGGCUGUGGUCAAUUUUUGUGUGUGCUAA